CAUUACUUAGCGAUUUGCAACUAUUCCUUCCUAUGUGCUCUCUCCAAUCGUCAAAAAGAGAUCAAGUGUCUUCUUGAAUUGAGUGAAAAUUCCUAAUUUUCUUUCCUCUGCGUCCGAUUCUUUGUGGAGCACCAUUUAGAUCUCUUUACUAAAAACAUUUCUGGAUUAGUUACUUUACAAUCACUCCAAUAUUUUCGUAUGCCCUACUAAUCAUUGCCAAAAGAUUCAUUUAAUUUGGCUACUUCAAUCUUCACAAGAUUGUGAAGAACUUCAUCAAUGAGUCGAUUCACCAAGCAAAUUAUCCAUUUCGAUUCAAAAGAUAUGUGAAGAUCUUGUCAAAGGAAAAGAGAAUCUUCUAGCAUAGAGAGAAAGCAUACAUGAUCAUGUCACAAUAGCCAAACAAGAUGCCCAAAAGAUUGAUAUUCUUGUUACAAAGUGGUUGGAUGAGGCAAAUGCUCUUAUAGUUGAUGCAGUGUUGUUGGAAGAGAAGGCCAAGGCAAACAAGAGUUGGUGUUUUGGGCAUUGUCCCAAUUGGAUUUGGAGAUGUCAUCUAGCCAAGCAGAUAGAAAAUAAGACAAAGGAAAUAGCUGAUUAAGGAAACAAAUGCAGUUUUGAGCAAUUUGCACGCCCUGCUGCCCCACUAGACAUAGCUUAUUAUUCUUCAGAAGGGUUUUUCUAGUUUGAUAGCACCAAAUCAGUAUAUGGUGUACUUUUAGAGGCAUUGAAAGAUGAUGAUGUUUCAAUGAUUGGAUGAUUGUAUGGAAUGGGUGGUAGUGGCAAAACCACCUUAGCAAAACAAGUCGGUAAAGCGAUAAAGGAUCUUUUCAAUAGAGUUGUCUUUGUUGUUAUAUCUAAUUCUGUUGAUGUUUCGAGGAUUCAAGAUUCUCUUGCAUGUGAACUAGGUGUCACUCUUGAAGGACAUGAUAACCAAGCAAAAGCCAAAAGCUUGUCAUCGAAGCUAGACAAUGCAGGAAAUAUUUUAAUAAUUUUGGAUGAUGUGUGGGAGAAGCUUGAUUUUGAAACCAUAAGAAUUCCCUUUGGUUCCAAUUUUAGAAGAUGCAAAGUUUUAAUAACUACACGGCAUGAAGAUAUAUAUGCAUUAAUGGAUUGCCAAGGGUCUGUUAACCUACAUCUGUUGAAUGAAGAAAAGGCAUGGAGAUUGUUCCAAUAUCAUGCCAAGAUUACUAAUCUAACCUCUGAAAGCAUGAAGGAUUUAGCAAAACAAAUCGCAUAUGAGUGCAAAGGAUUGGCUAUUGCAAUAGCAACAGUCACUUGCACUUUGAAGGAUAAAGAUAUUGCUGAAUGGGAAGAAGCUUUAGAAACAAUAAGAGAUUCUGAUUGGAUGAAUAUUGCAGAAGGUCUUUGAGAUCCUUACCUGAAU